CACAAUGCCUCGGUGUGAAACUCCCACUCAAGCUAGUUAUUUAUGUUUUAUUUUCUUUGUUGCAUCCAAAGACGUCUGUCUCACCAACCGUGACGUUUAAAAGCCCAGCUUCAGAUGAACGUUGACCUAAUUUCUCUGAAUGUCCCAACACUCGUAAAUCCGGCCGGAGUCCAACCAGGAGACAUUCUGAAGCAGAAGACUCUGAUUUGGACGGAGAGGCAGGUCGCCUUGCUAAAAGGCAGCGGCAGAAAUGAGGAGAGCGGUGUCGUAUCUGCUGAGCGUGUACGCGGCGGUGCCUGUCAUUCUCUACCUGUUUCCAUGGUUACUGGGACACGUCAUCUUCUCUCACCUGUUGAGGUUCCCAUUCUUCGUGGAUCUGAGCCGACCUGAAGACGUGCUGAAUCACACCUGCAACUUCUACCUGAGCAGCGAGGACGGCGUCUCCCUGGGAGUGUGGCACACGCUCCCCGCCGGCCAAUGGGAGGCGGCCGCUGGGAAAAGCCCCGACUGGUACCAGGAGACUCUGGGAGACGGGAGACCUGUUAUCAUCUAUCUCCAUGGCAACCUGGGGACCAGGGCGAUACGUCACCGAGUGGAGCUGGUGAAGAUCCUGAGCGCUGCAGGGUACCACGUCCUAUCUUUGGAUUACAGAGGUUUCGGGGACUCCAGCGGCGAGCCCAGCGAGGCCGGCCUGACCCGUGACGCCCUCCACCUGCACGGCUGGGUGAAGCAGCGCAGCGGCGGCAGCCCGGUCUGCCUGUGGGGCCACUCGCUGGGCUCCGGGGUGGCGACAAACGCUGCGGUGAAACUACAAGAGCAAGGUUCUGCUGCCGACGCUUUAAUCCUCGAAGCUCCGUACACGAAGAUUGGAGACGUUGUGAUGGAGCAUCCGAUCGCUAAGAUGUACACGAUCCUUCCAGGAUUCAGGAGCUUGGUUUGGAACAUCCUGGAGAAGAACAACAUAGAAUUUGCUAACGAUAAAAAUUUGAAGACGAUGACCAGCCCGCUGCUGAUCCUGCACUCGGAGGACGACAACCUGGUUCCCUACCACAUGGGCCGGCAGCUGUACGAGAUUUCCCUGCAGACCCGGAGAGAGUUAAACACGGACGCCCGGGUUGAGAUGAUUUCCUACGACGCAAACCUGGGAUUCUCUCACAACAACAUCUACCUGGACCCCAGUCUGUUGGACGUGCUCGAGAAAUUUCUUGAAAACUUGAAACGGUAGCGCAACUUCCUCCUUUUAUCUGUGAUCAAACUGCUGAAUAUCAUGUAACGUCACCUGAAAAUGAAAUUAAAACACUUAAGACAUUA